UUCAAUUCAAUUCAAUAGCGAUAUCUUAGGAAACCCUUUUAAGCAGCAAAUAUAACCGGAUCUAGUAGUUUGUUAUCACCAAAACUAAGGGUGCAGAUCUCAUUGUUGACAGUCAGUAUCAGAUGGAUCACUUUGCAGCACAUGAAGAGCAACUUGCUUCACAGAGAAUGAGGCAGAAACUUGAAGAAGUAAAUGUGGCUGCUCAAACUAAUUUUGUCCCUGUCCAAAGCCAUUUACAUUAUAUAGUCCAGAAAACAUAUUUUAAGUGUGCAUAUGAGUGCUUUGAUAGAAGCAAAAGCCAGGAAGAAAUAAGCAGUUGUGUCGAAAAGUGCAGUGUUCUUUCUAAUCUGCAACAUACAUUGGAGAUGGCACAGUUUCAGGAGAGGUUGAAUAGAUCUCUGAGGGUGUGUCAAGAUAAGUACAAGGCGGCUAGGCUACAGAAUAAAAAUGAUGCUAUGAAAGAUUUGGUUUCCUGUGCUGAGCGGUCAAUCCAGAAAGCAUCAAGAGGCUUACUUUGGAAUUAGUGACAAUGGCUCCCAGUAGCACGUUUUUCUAGUGGGAAAAGACUAUCAUUGUUGUUAUUGGUUCAUUGUAGCUUUUUUCUUCUUCCUUACAUUUAAUUUAACCCACAAGAAAAUACUUGCAUUACAAACAGAUCAUUGAUAAUAAGGGUGUUUUCUCAACA